GUCCAAACAUGCCUGCCUGAAGCUGGAGGAAAGAGAAGAAGAAGAAGAAACUCGUUGAGUUCUAAUUUAUCGUGAAAGAAGAGGCUCUUUCACCUGAAGGAUUUCAGGCGGAACAUGAAGCUCCGAGUCCAGCUCCAGUGUAAGAACCUCCAUGAGUACCUGAAGGAGCUGAACCCGGAGGUCCUGGACCGGCUGUACAACCACCCGGCCACCUGCCUGGCAGUGUACAGAGAACUUCCGUCUCUGGCCAAGAACUACGUGAUGCGGAUGCUGUUCCUGGACCAGCCGCUCCCCCAGGCCGCCGUGGCCCUGUGGGUCAGGAAGGACAGCCACAGGGACCAUGAGGACUGUGUGUCGGUGCUGUCCGGCCUGCGCCUGUGGCACAGCCAGCAGCUGCAGGGGGGCCUGCAGGGCUACACCCUCAACCCCGUCUUCAAGGACAACCUGAGGACGGCUCUGCUGGGGGGGGGCCGGGCCUGGGCCGACGAGGGCAGCGCUCUGGGUCCGGACCGCCACGCCCGGGACAUCGAGAGCCUGGACCGCUACGCCACGGAGCGCUGGGAGGUCAUCCUGCAGUUCAUGGUGGGCUCCCCCAGCGCCGUGAGCCAGGACCUGGCCCAGCUGCUGGUCCAGGCCGGGCUCAUGAAGAGUGAGGUGGGGGAGGCGCCCUACAUCACGUCUGCUGGCUUCCAGUUCCUCCUGCUGGACACCGCCUCUCAGCUGUGGUACUUCACCCUGCAGUACCUCAAGACUGCUCAGUCCAGAGGGAUGGACCUGGUGGAGAUCCUGUCCUUCCUGUUCCAGCUCAGCUUCUCCACGCUGGGCCGAGACUACUCUGUGGAGGGCAUGAGUGAGUCUCUGCUCACCUUCCUGCAGCACCUGCGGGAGUUCGGCCUGGUGUUCCAGAGGAAGCGGAAGUCGAGGAGGUACUACCCCACCAGACUGGCCAUCACUCUAGCUGCAGGAAUCACCUCCACCGCCUCCUCCUCUUCCUCCUCUUCCUCCUCCUCCUCCUCUUCCUCCUCCUCUGGAGACUCCGGUUACAUCGUCGUGGAAACCAACUACCGGCUGUACGCCUACACAGACUCGGAGCUGCAGAUCGCCCUGGUGGCUCUCUUCAGUGAAAUGUUGUACCGUUUUCCUAACGUGGUGGUGGCUCAGCUGACCAGAGAGUCGGUGCAACAGGCCAUCGCCAACGGCAUCACAGCCCAGCAGAUCAUCCACUUCCUGCGGACCAGGGCCCACCCCGUCAUGCUCUCGCAGAGUCCGGUUCUGCCUCCGACCAUCACGGACCAGAUCCGACUGUGGGAGCUGGAGAGAGACCGGCUGCAGUUCACCGAGGGAGUUCUCUACAACCAGUUCCUGUCCCAGGCAGACUUCGAAGUGCUCCGAGACCGAGCUCAGGGUCUGGGCUGUCUGGUGUGGCAGGACGUGUCUCACCGGGUGAUGGUCGUCACGCCGCAGGGACACAGCGAGGUCAAGAGGUUCUGGAAGCGACAGAGAUCCAACACCUAGCAGAGCGCGGGGACGAGGGAGGACGUCUGAGUUCUGACCGCUGAGGACAGCGGGGACACUGAGGACAGCGGGGGACACUAAGGACAGCGGGAAGCAGAGCUCCUCCUGCUCUGGAUGGAGGCGCCUCAACAUUCACUUUGUCUUUGUCUGAAAGCUGAACGUUCUCAACCUGGUGCUCAAAGGCACCAGGGCAGGCCUGUCCUGGUCCUGCUGGUCCUGCUGGUCCUGGUCCUGGUCCUGCUGGUCCUGGUCCUGCUGGUCCUGGUCCUGCUGGUCCUGGUCCUGCUGGUCCUGGUCCUGCUGGUCCUGGUCUUGCUGG